AGAGAAUUGGGGAUGUCGUCGCGUCGCGGUGGAGCAAGGCCGACCAGGAGCGAAACCCAUUUGAACAGGCGGCCACCGCUGCGCCCCGAAGCCUCCUCGCUCGCCACCUGCUCACGGAGACGUCGCGAGGGAGACAGAGAGAGGCCGAUGACGAGCUCGCUGGCCCGCCUGGGAGCGGCGCUGCUGCCCCGCGCGCGCCCGCGCGCUGCGGCGCGGGUCCUGCCGCCGGGACGGUGGGAUGCCGCGGCGCUCGGCGUCUCUCGCCGUGCUGCGCUGAAUGCUUGCAGAUGCCAAGUUCAUUCCGACGUGAAAGUAGCCCCUACAUCAGAAUUAAAGGAUGGGGGUAAUUCAUCUGAAAGAUGGAGGAUCAAGAUGCUCUAUGACGGUGAUUGCCCGCUCUGUAUGCGUGAGGUAAACAUGCUGAGAGAAAGAAACAAAUCCUAUGCAGCUAUAAAGUUUGUUGACAUAAGCUCGAAAGAUUACUCUCCAGAGGACAAUCAGGACCUUGAUUAUGAAACUGCUAUGGGGAGGAUACAUGCCAUUCUCUCAGAUGGAACUGUCGUCACAGAUGUUGAAGCAUUUAGAAGACUGUAUGAGGAAGUAGGACUUGGAUGGGUUUAUGCUGUUACUAAGUAUGAACCUGUGGCUACCCUAGCAAAUGCAGUAUAUGGUGUAUGGGCAAAAUACCGUAUGCAAAUUACAGGUCGACCUCCACUAGAAGAGAUUUUGUCAUCCCGAAAAACCGCAGGCGAAUGCAAAGAUGACAAAGUAUGCAAGAUGUGAGCAUGAAAAUGCUGGUCUACUCUGCUGCACACCUCAGUUCUACAUAUGUUUACAUAGGCACAUACACAGUCUUAACGUUACAAUAAUAGCACAGUGGUAUGGAAAAAAUAUAUUCAGAGAAUAGCUGAUAUAACGGUUUGUUGAAGUGAAUAAUGAUAUAACCUGUACACUGGUUCUGUGUGGAAGACAUUUUAUGGUGACCGUCUC